AGUCAUAAUUCACCAACUCCUCAAUCUGUACCUCAAUCUUCACUAUACACUCAAUAUCGUCAAGGAACUGUUCAGCCAGUGAGGCUUAUCGUCGAGCCGAGUAGCCACGAAGAAAACCAUGGAAAACCGAAUGCUUCUCCACGUCCAAGUAUACUUAGAAAACGUGAUCACGAUAAUUCUCCCGCUAAAGGUGCUGUUAAAAAUUUAGUCCCAAUGUUAACGGCUUUACCUCUAGUGACGGCGCCUCCUAAUUUAAGCCCACCUAUGUCUCCACGACGGGAGCGAGACGGAGCUCGUGACAGCUCGGGCUCAACGACUGUAUCGGCAACCUCUUCGCCGGGGUUGGACGAAGAGCCUGAGCAGUCUAGAAUCCCGAUGAAUCAAACGAUGGAAAUGUCUCCCAGAAAAAAACCACGUAAACAACAGCUAACUGGUAACGAGCUCACCGAGCCGCGGUGCUCCGAAGAAGACAUGCAAUUUAUUAGUGAAGAAAAGUUUAAACGAGAUGCAAGAGAUGGUAUCAAAGAUAGAUUUAGUAUGGAUAAAAAACAAAAUUUAAACUCUCAACAGGAUAGAAAUGUUACGACCUCAACUGUGAUUAAAAAGACACGGCCCACGUCAAGUUUAAUCGAUCCUUCCUGGAAAAAUUGUAGACUAAAUCAUUAUCGAAGACCUAGUGAUGUGAGACCGCGAGAAGAGAGAUUACAGUCUGUUGCUGAUAUAGCUCAACAAAAAUAUGUAUUACAAAGACUUCAUGGUUGGAAAAUUUAUCAAUUGACUGCUCAAAUGGAAGAUUUGGCAGAACUUGAAAAGCAGGUCCAUGAUAAAUUAAAAACAACAUUGUGUAUGCUGGAAUCUCAACAACCGAAACCAAGGCAGGAUGACGACUUGGAGCGGAUUAAUGAAUUAAUCAAAGGAAAUAUGCAGCGUAGUCAUUUAAUAAGUGAGGGUAUGACUGAAGCCAGGUCACAGCUAGUAGCUAUUUUCGAACAUAAAAACGCGGUUAAUAAAAUUAUCCAAUGUUUCGGUAAUAAAAGAGCUCAGAAGAAACGAGAAAAACAAUAAAUAAAUGAAUCCAACAUUGUUGAUUUGCUGUUAACACAGCAAUAAAGUAUAAAUCAAAUAACUGUAUAGAAUAAUUAUUAUAUUAACAAGAUUUAAAAAAUAUUAAACAUUUUUCUAAUUUGUCAAAAAUA